AUACACUAACUAAGAUGUGGACUGUUAUCUUUCUUACAAUAUUAUUAUUUGUUUUUGUUAGACUUUUACUUAAUCGGGAGCCUAUAUAAGAAUCGGUAGUCGCUGAUCUACUGUUUAGUCCUGACAGUGCUUGCAAGAUCGAUAAGAAACUAUUUUUUUUUAAGUGAUUUUUUCGUAGAAAUGUCCACUUUAAAGUUCAUGAAUGGCCACGGUGGUGCAAAAAUAACCAACGGAACUAUUAAUGGAGACGCCCAUGUUCAUAAGGAUGUAUUUCAUCCCGAAAUAGGCCAUAGAUAUACCUACGAAUCUUUACAAGAAACCGUUGAAUUCUUGCGAUCCAAAGUACCAUAUCUACCGGAAGUCGGUGUCAUAUGCGGGUCCGGUCUAGAAAUUGACCAUUUUACAGGCUCGUUGGCGGAGUGUUUGGACAAUCCCAUAGAAAUAUCCUACGACUGCAUUCCGCACUUUCCCAGAAGUACCGUUAAAGGACACGUGGGGGCGCUGGUUUUCGGGUUCAUGUCAGGGCUGCCAACUGUGUGCAUGAAGGGGCGGUUCCAUUACUACGAGGGCUAUCCGUUGUGGAAAUGUUGUAUGCCUAUUAGAAUUAUGAAACUACUUGGUGUGAGUCAUUUAUUUAUAACAAACGCCGCUGGAGGUUUGAACCCAUCAUUCAGAGUAGGGGAUAUCAUGUUCGUGAAGGACCACAUCAACCUGAUGGGCUUCGCGGGCAACAACCCCCUACAAGGACCGAACGACGAACGGUUUGGACCGAGGUUCCCGCCAAUGAACCAAGCCUACAACAGAGAAAUCAUCAAGUUAGCCAAUAAAGUGGCCAAAGACAUAGGUUUAGGCGAUAGAGUGCAUGAAGGAGUGUACACUUGCCUGGGAGGACCUAAUUUCGAGACGGUGGCUGAGCUGAGGAUGCUACAAAUGUUGGGCGCUGAUGCUGUUGGAAUGUCCACCGUUCACGAAGUAAUCACCGCCAAUCACUGUGAUAUGACCGUUUUCGUAUUUAGCCUCAUCACGAACGAGUGCAUCGUCGAAUAUGAAUCGUUAGCUAAACCAAGUCACGAAGAAGUGAUCGAUGUGGGAACGCAAAGAGAAAACAGCCUAAAGCAAUUUGUUAAAGAAUUGUUAAAACAGAUUUUCGAAAAUCGUAUUGGUACAAAAUAAAGCGAAUAUUAUUCUAAUUUUGUAAUGUUUAAGAAAAAAUAGGUAUUGUAUUGAAAAUGAGCGGAAGAUUUUUUUAUACGAAGUAUUUAUUAAAUUAUUGUACAAAAAACGUUUAAAUAUAGAUUGUAAUAUAAGCCAAGAACCAAAUAAAUCCUCUAAUUAUAAGUA